AUGUCUUCGGCGAGUAAAUUUCAAGACAGACGGGAGGCCGAUGAGGAAAUGGCAAAGUUGCUGUACGACAGGCAAGCACCCGGCAUUGUGCUUGUUGAGGGUCGCUAUCACACAGGACGAGGCGGCGCCGCCAACAAAUAUGCCAACACCGAGCCGGAAGAUCAAGAAGCACGAUUGAAUAACGAGAAUAUGCGGCGCCAGAGUCUCGCCAGCAUGAGUCACCGGAGACAGAGUCUGGCAAGUCUCAUCCCGUCAAGCGGAGAGAACAGUCGCAGGGCCAGUCUUGCUUCAAUGAGGGAUUAUCUCAUGGCGAGGAGGACGAGUAAGGCCUGA